UAGUGACGACCCCUAAUCAGUACUGCCCGUGUGUCGUACUUGCCGUACCUAUAUUAACUUAAUAACUUAUACCGUAACUUCUAAUUUUUGCAAAAAAACAAGAAGCUGCGAUUAAUAAUUGAUGAACUAUAAAAUUCAUCAUUUAACAUUAUCAUUAUUCUUUUUCCUUUUCUUAAAUUCAUCGUUGCGAAACCCCACUACUCCUUAAUCCUCACGCUUUAAGUUCAAGGGGAUUGUUCUUUUUGCCCCCCCUGUCUACGUGUCUUUUAUAUCAACUACGCCGACCCAGAACUUCAACGCUGAAGAAUAGCAUAUCGGCCAUGGCGACGGCCAAUGGAUCUAGAGAAAACAGAUUCCUUAUUUGGGGUGGUAGGGGAUGGAUUGCGGGUCAUCUCGAGAAGCUUCUCAAAAGUCAAGGCAAGGAAGUCUUCAGGACGACCAUCCGUAUGGAAGAUCGGGCGGCCGUGAAGGCAGAGUUAGAUACGAUCAAACCUACUCAUGUACUAAACUGUGCGGGAUGUACCGGCCGCCCCAACGUCGAUUGGUGUGAAGAUCAUAAAGAGGACACGAUUCGCUCGAAUGUUAUCGGGACGUUGAACUUGGCCGAUUGCUGCUUCCUUGCUGGUAUUCAUUGUACCGUGUUUGCCACCGGAUGCAUCUACCACUACGACGACGCCCACCCGAUCGGUGGUCCCGGGUUCAAGGAGACGGACCAGACGAAUUUCACGGGUAGCUUCUAUUCUGAGACCAAAGGCCACGUUGAGGAGGUUAUAAAAUAUUACGCAAACUGCUUGAUCCUCCGCUUGCGUAUGCCGGUGUCAGAUGAUCUACAUCCACGUAACUUUGUCACCAAGAUUAGCAAGUACGAGCGCGUGGUUGAUAUCCCGAACAGCAACACGAUUCUAACUGACCUUCUGCCGGCAUCUAUCCUGUUGGCAGAACAUAACGACACGGGGGUUUAUAACUUCACCAACCCAGGCGCCAUCAGCCAUAACGAAGUAUUGACGCUCUUCAGAGAUAUAGUACGUCCAGGCUUCACGUGGAAGAACUUCACCGUGGAGGAGCAGGCCAAGGUGAUCAAGGCUGGCCGCAGCAAUUGUUUGUUAGACACGGAGAAACUGGAAAAGAAGUUGAAGGAGUAUGACUACUCGGUGCCUGAGGUCCACGAGGCUUAUAGGCAGUGCUUUGAGAGAAUGAAAGCUGCAGGGGUCAAAUAAGCUUGGACUCAAGCUACCUAAACUGAUUUGGGUAUGCCAUGUACCACAUACUCUACGUUUUAUCGUGUAACUGACUAAUGGCGCUACGGGAUGGACUUCUGGAAUGGCUAGUACCUAGGUAGUUAGAUGAUUAGGUAUGAAACUGCGCUGACUUGGACCAGUUUACAUUAGAGAGAAAAGGGGGAGAGGGUGACGUUUUGUUAUGCCCCUCACAAGUUUGUUAGACAAGAAAUGCUAAGAUUUCAAGAGACAAGUAACUAACUAGGUAACUAGUAUGAGACUGGAACUAUUUAUAAUGACAAGUUUCAAGUCGAGACUUAUAACGAACUGACACAAUAGUGGUGGUAUAUAAAUGAUAUGUAGGUAGUUUCAUAAUGUAAUCUGAUUGAGACUGUGGGGCAGAAAGGGGACUCAAAAAUCGACCCCGCCUUGGUAUUAAAAUGGAUGUACAUAUC